UGAACUGCGUUGAGCUCCGUCACUAUAUUCUUUUCAUUGACUAUUUUUAACUUAAAAAUCUAUUUUAUACACCAUCGUUUCCGUUUAUAUAACGCGUGAAUAUAUCCUCUAUUGUAUUCUACAACAAAAACAAUUAGAGCGACUCGCUAUCACUAGAUUUAUUUUGAUCUCCCGGGUCGCUAUUAGCUUUUAGCCAGUUAGCAUCAGCAAGCGUGGUUGCUGCUAACUGAGCUUACAUUGCUAAUACUCUAUUCACACACAUUACCACUGCUGUACUCACUGUUACUUGCUUUAAUGGCGGAUGAAUGUCUCCACUCUGUGCAGCUCGAGCUCGAGGCCGUGGGGAAGCAGAUUCGCGACCUGGAACGGAGGCAGGCCGAGCUGAGAGAGCGGAGAGCCACGCUGGAAUCAUCCCGGGCUGACGCUCACAAGUCCGGGGUAAGUAUACAGCGUGCUGUUAACAGUCCCACCACGUCUACUCCGUGUGUUUCUCUGCGCAGGCCCGGUGCACCCAGGACGCGAUCUUCCCAGAUGUCCUUCACUGCGACGCCGGGACACCACGGACCCUGGGUGCAUCCACAGCGGAGGAUGCGAGCCGGGUCCCGGGCGACGACAUCUCCCCCUCCUGCCUUCGAGAUCUCCAUCCAGAACCGCUUCGCUCCCCUCCGCGAGACAGGACGCGACGCUGUGAUCAUCGGAGACUCCAUCGUCCGACACAUACCCGCGAUCCUGAAGGACGACGAGAGCCCGAGAGCGGUCGUGCUUCACGCCGGGGUUAACGACACCACGCUGCGGCAGACGGAGACGCUGAAGAGGGACUUCAGGAGCCUGAUCGAGACGGUUCGCAGCACGACGCCCGCGGCGACGAUCGUCGUGUCAGGACCACUGCCCACGUAUCGACGAGGACACGAAAGGUUCAGUAGACUUUUUGCUUUAAAUGAAUGGUUGUUGUCAUGGUGUAAAGAACAUAAACUGCUAUUUGUUAAUAACUGGAAUCUUUUCUGGGAGCGUCCUAGACUGUUUCGUGCUGAUGGAUUACACCCCAGUCGAGUCGGAGCGGAGCUUCUCUCUGACAACAUCUCCAGGACACUUCGCUCCAUGUGACUAGUAAGACAAUUCUCAAAUAACCAUUAUGAUGAGUUUUGUUCCACCCGCUUAAAUGAUAAAAGUACUUGUGCUGUAAAACCUAUUAAGACUGUGUCUGUUCCCCGAAUAGUGAGGUCAAAAUAUAAAUAUAAAUAUAAUGUAGGAUCUAGAAAAAAUCUUAUCGUAAUUAAACCAGAAAAAUGUAAAGUAAAUGAACAAAAACAAUUUUUAAAGUUUGGGCUAAUAAAUAUUAGAUCACUCGCACCAAAAGCAGUUAUUGUAAAUGAAAUGAUCACAGAUAAUAGUUUUGAUUUACUCUGCUUGACUGAAACCUGGCUAAAACCAAAUGAUUAUUUUGGUCUAAAUGAGUCUACUCCACCAAACUACUGUUAUAAACAUGAGCCCCGUCAGACUGGUCGUGGCGGGGGUGUUGCAACAAUAUAUAGUGAUAUUCUCAAUGUUACCCAGAAAACAGGAUACAGGUUUAACUCUUUUGAAAUACUAAUGCUAAAUGUUACUCUGUCAGACAUGCAAAAGAAAUCUAAUGUAUCUCUUGCUCUGGCUACUGUGUAUAGACCACCAGGGCCGUAUACAGAAUUCCUAAAAGAAUUUGCAGAUUUCCUCUCAGACCUUCUAGUUACAGUUGAUAAGGCGCUAAUCAUGGGAGAUUUUAAUAUUCACGUUGAUAAUACAAAUGAUACAUUAGGACUUGCGUUUACUGACCUAAUAAACUCCUUUGGAGUCAAGCAAAAUGUCACCGGGCCCACUCAUCGUUUUAAUCAUACACUAGAUUUAAUUAUAUCGCAUGGCAUCGAUCUUACUGCUAUAGA